UGCUGUACAACUUGCGUGGUAAAUUUUUGCGACGCCAGAACCUGAAAUCUGUGAGUGAGCUCCGUGGUGAAAAUGACUGAGCCGAUCCCCAAGCUUGAAUCAGGCGUACGAAACAGAAUAACGCGAUACCUACAUACUGGCAAUGAAGUUCCUAAGUAUUUUCCUGGCUGCUGGACUUCUCACAAGUACUUCGAAGUUGAUAGAUUGACAGCUCUCAACGAUGUACUGGCAAAUGGAAUGAAAAACGUUGAAGUAGUCAAUAUUAUUUUGAAGGCUUAUAAAGAUGGAUGGUACACUCGAUUUGAGACCAUUGCAUUUGCCCUGUGCAAGUGCUUAUUACUGGGUUCCCCGGCAGUGAAGGAAGCUACUUAUAAAGCAGCUGCUGAAGUUUGCCGCACUCCAGAACAGAUGAUGUUGUUUAAUAAGUUUACUAGGCUGCUGAAAACAGGAAAUGGUCGUGGAUGGUGCAAACAUGUGAAGGAGUGGUACACUCAAAGGGAACCCAUGGAAUUAGCCAAGGAAAUGAGUAGGGUGAAGGCACGUCAUGGUCGUUCUCACAAGACUCUUAUUCGAAAAUCUCAUCUCAAAAUUGAUGCUAAUGACUAUGCUCGAGAUGCUGUUAUCAAGUAUGCCAUAUUUGGCUUGAAGAGAGCAAAGCAGCUACUAGGAGACAAGCCCGAAACUAAAGAGGUGUUUGAGUACAUUCAGAAAGUAGAAGACCUGCGCCAUUGCGAAGAUCCGGUUGCGGCUGCUUCCAUUGCUGCUGAUAAUCAUUUUACACUUGAUCAUGUGCCGGGACAUCUGCUCACAUCUCAAGAUGUGUGGAAUGCCAUUUUGCCACAAUUCAAUCUUGAGGAGCUCCUGCAUCAUAUUCAACGCAUCCACAACAUGGGCUUUCUUACUAGUGACUCCACUACUACAGCUAUUCUUAUUUCCCUGCUUAACAACCAGGAUAUCAUUAAAAAGUCAAAAGUGACUCCUCUCACGGUCUACAUUACACUGUGCAACUACAAAAAGAAGAGCAGGCCUCUGAAGCACGAGAAAGCCAAAGUAGCUGCUGAGAAGGAGCAGCGUCGCCGCGCGCGCCAAAUGUUCGACGCUACUACUGGACUUUGGGAGUGGAUCGUCACAAGGAGGCACCCGAAAGAAGUCAAGCAUUGGGGCAUAGACCAACCUCCGAACCCUGCUGUGUUGGCAGCUUUGAACAAGCUCAUUGACCAAACGUGGUUGCUGACGCCGCCCACUAAAGUGCGCUACAUGAUCACCUUGGACAUGAGACACCAUAUGUUUAAAGGUCGUCAUUUCUGCAAGACAUACGUAGUGCCUAAAAAGGGUAAGAAGGCUACAGCUACGACCACAAAGCCUCCUACCAGUGGAGGGGGCGACGCGGAAACCGAGAAGAAGAGCAAGAAGCACUUGUACGCCGAAUGCUUCUACAAUAAACACGUCACACCUGGACAUGCAGCGAUCAUUCUAGCUUUGCAAAUCCUAAAGCGUGAGAAAAAUGUCAAACUUGCUGUCUUCACCGAGGAGGGUAUCCAGAUAGUUUCAAUUGAACGCAACUUUAGCAACAUUGAAGAAGCAGAAUUUGUUUUGAGGAAAGCGAACGUCGGUCGCGUGCAGCUCGACGCCCCCAUAGAAUGGGCGAGCAAGAACAACCACAAAGUGGACGUCUUUAUUAACAUGGUGGAUCGCCCCACUCGCUUCAUGGAGUUAGAGCAGAACAAACGCGGUGGACGCGGACCCGGAGGAAGAUAUGGACCGCCGCCUGCUAACGAAGAAUUGCCUGAUCAUUGUCCCGUGCGAGCGUUGGAACGAUACAGGCAGAAGGCUAAACUACCCAACACCAAGUUGAUCACGAUGUCUUUAGCGUCGCAUCGCGUUGGAACUACGGAUGGAACACACGAAGGUGUUCUGGACAUCAUCGGAGUAGACGAGCACGUGCCCAAAAUAAUGGACGCGUUCGCCCUCGGCCAGUUCAAGUGAACUCAAAACGCCACCCAAGCAAAAACCAUAGAGGAAUAGAGUAGGGAAGAUAUAGACUACUACAAGUGGAAGUGUCCCCCUAAUAGAAAGAGAAAGAAGAUAGGGACCAUUAGCGGUCUCUCAUCUUCUUUCUCUUUAUACUAGAUGGACACUUUUAGAGCCGCCUUCUCCACUCUAUUCUUAUACCUUUAUGGCAAAAUCCCGCAGUCCCUAGGUGUCAAUUCCAAGACCCGAUUCACAGCUUAAGAAAUAUCUGUAGGUAUGUUUAACAUGAGAUCUUUUAAAAUAAAGACUUUGUAAUUGUCUUAUUGAUUGUCCCAAUAACCAGUCCCCAUUAGUUUAUAAAAAAAAAACAACAAGUCAAUAUCAAACAACCAUGUCAAAACUUUCCCAUUCCAACGAAAUCCACAAUACACGGCCGGGCACCGACUUUUUGCAAAAACUGAUCUGUCCCCAAAGUUAAUAAAAAAAGCAAAAUCAAUAUCAAACAACCAAACCAAAAGACCGGAGCCUUUUCGAAAUCCGGAAUUUUUCAAAAUAAGAAGUUUAUCCGUGUUUAGUUGUUUAGGUAUUCUUUUAAAAUAGGGCUUGCUUGCUUAGCAAAUCAAUUUUGAUAAGCAUGUUUAGUAUGUACUACAUAAAUGGGAUAUUGGGAUAGGUCACUAGUUAACUAGUAAAAUAACAAGGCACUUUUAUAUUUUAGAAUAUAUCGUCG